GGUUGAUCAACAAAGUCAUGGCAAGGAAAAUGUCAAAACCAGUGGAUUCGAACUCUUCAUAACCGCUCUUCCAUCACAAGCAACAGUGCAUAAGCAAACGGGCAGUGGAUUCGACCUCCCUAGCACCUCUCUCUCAUCACAAGAAAUAGCUUCAACGGUGGAUGAAUUUGUUGUGGGGCUUGAUGUUGAGGUGGAAACUAUAAUGGGUCGCAUUAUUGAAGGGUCAAAGAAUUUGAAAGUCAUUUCAAUUGUGGGAAUGAUGGGGCUUGGUAAAACCACAUUAAGCAACACAUUGUUGAAUGAAUAUCAGCUCCAAUAUGAGUUCUUUACUCGCUUUUUGAUUGAUGUUUUGAAAAAAAAUGAUACAAAAGAAAUAUUUUGUGAGAUUUUGAAGAUGUUAACAAAUGAAGAAAAUGCAUAUAACAAGAUGCUGGAUGAAGUUCAAUUAGUGGAUAAAAUAAAAGAACUUUUGGAGGGUAAAAAGUAUUUCAUUGUAAUGGAUGGUGUACGGACGAUGCAAGAAUGGAAUAGUUUGAAGGAUGCUUUUCCCGACAAUAUGAGAGGCAGUAGAGUCUUGGUAACCACUCGAAACCAUGAAGUGGCUUUUUGUGCGGAUUCCGCUUGUAACCCUCAUCAACUAAAAUUUUUGACAAGUGAUGAAAUUUGGGGGUUGCUAGCGAAGAAAGUUUUUGGGAAGGAAAUAUGUAGUGAUGAGUCGUUAGGAACUCUUGGUAGGCGCAUAGCUACAAAAUGCAAUGGAAUACCACGUGUAGCGGAGGUGAUAGCAGAUGAACUAUGUAAAAAUAGGACUUCUGACAGGUGGAAACAUCUUGCAGAUGAUCCCUUUGCAAUUAUUGAUCACAUGAACCAAGAGUGCAACCCCCUCAUACAAUUGGUGUAUGAUAAAAUGAAUUUCCAGUUGAGAAAUUGUUUCCUAUACCUUGCAGCUUUUCCUAUUGGAUAUGAGAUUAUUGCUCGAAAACUUAUUCAUUUGUGGAUAGCUGAAGGGUUCAUUCAGCUACUGGAUGGUGAAAACAGCCUAAACUUGGAGUGUACAGCUGAGGAAUAUUUAAAUGACCUCAUUGAUAGGAAACUGCUAACUGUGUCAGAAAGAAGUGCAGACGGUCAAAUAAAAAAAUGCAGCAUUCAUAAAACGUUGCAUGAGUUUUGUAAAACUGAAGCUGCCAAAAAGAAUGUUUUCCACAAAAUGGAUACAGUUGAACUUGUGGCAAACAAGUAUAUUCCCCGUCGCCUAAGUGCUGAUUCCUCUGCUUUGGACUUCCAGGAACUGGGAAGCAAGGUAUCUACUGGGCAUGUUCGCUCUUUCAUAUCUUCUUGCUCCAAAGAAGAGGAGGUUUUGAAUGAGCCUGUCUUGGCAGCCAUUGCAAAAUCCUUUCCUCUUCUUAGGGUAAUGGAUGUUGAAUCCCUCAAGUUCAAAUCAUUGCCUAAAGAACUGUGUUUCCUUCAUUAUCUGAAGUACCUUGCACUUGCAGUAUCAACUGAACCGAAAUUCCCACCUAAGCUUUUCAAUAAUCUUUGGGAGAUGCAGACUCUUGUGUUAAACUCAUCACAAAGUAGUGUUGAAAUGGAAGUGGAAACAUGGAGCAUGCCUAAACUAAGGCAUUUGUACAGCAACACUCCUAUGCAACUGUCCCCUCCUAGUACAUUAAGAAAGAACGGCUCAGGAAGUAUGGACUUACAGACACUUUCUAACAUAUCACCUUCAAGCUGCACUGGGGAAAUUUUUGGGUUGAUUCCAAAUCUUCAAAAGUUGGGAAUUCGGGGGAACUUAGGUGAGCUUAUGGCGAAUAAUGGAGGAAUUGAAUUGUUUGACAAUCUUCAGAAGCUCUCUCACCUUCAAAAAUUGAAGUUGCAUAACAGUGCCAAUGACAGCCUAACUGGCAGACUGCAGAGCAUUCCCCAGCACAAAAAAUUUCCAAACAGGCUGAGAAAGUUGAGUUUGUCAAACACAUCGUUUGGGUGGAAAGACAUGUGUGUAUUGGGGGCACUGGAUGAGUUGCAAAUCCUCAAGCUGAAGGAUAAUGCAUUCAGGGGGAAGUCUUGGGAACUCGACGACAACAUUGUUUUCAAACAACUACAAUUCUUGCGCAUUGUCAAGGCUGAUUUAGAAUCUUGGAAGACUUCCAAGAGUUGCUUUCCGGUUCUGAAAACGCUCAUCAUCAAGCAUUGCUCAUCCCUCGAAGCAGUCCCAUCCGAAUUUGCUGAUGUAGACAGCCUUAAGCUCUUAGAUUUAUAUUGCACAACUGAAAUGGCUGCAAAUUCAGCCAGGAUGAUAAAAGAGAGAAAGCGAACACAUGACAAUGGAAAUGCAGAGAGCUGUGGAUUUAAGCUCUGCAUCUAUCCUGAGCAUUAUUGAUAUCAAACCUGCGUGGCGUGUGGUUUUCAACUGUCAAGUGCUGUUAUUAUGAUAUGCUUAGAUAUGCAGUUCAGUUUGCAACUAUUGAUUGUCAAGCAUUCAUGUUGAACUGUGUUGGCUAUUUCAUAUUGUACGUAGUGAGACUGUUUCUAUUUCCAAUUACUCCCAGAGUUACAGACAAUUGUCAUUACUUGGCUGUGACUUACAUUAUUUCAUUUGGUAAGUUGAAUUGUUAAUGAUCAAGGCUUAGUUGCUGUUUUUGUUGGGAUAUAUGGCUUUUUAGCUCAACUGUCCCGGUAGGGGUGCUUUCUGGAAAUGUGAAAAGAAAAUCAUGCAUGGGGACGCAAUUUGUAAAAAAGGUUACCGUUUUACUAGCAUUUUUAUUAUGUUUUGAAUUUCUUUAAUUUGAAGACUUUCAUCUCA